AUGGCGUUCCCCACCCCAACCCUUCCACAGCCGUGCAGCCUCACUGAGGACGAUGUGCGCACUGCGGCGCCGGAAACCCGCUUGGUGCUGGCGAUGAUGGUGACGCUGGUGGUGGCUACUGCUGUGGUGGUUGUGGCGGCUCCUGCCGAACACGUUGGCCAGAAGGUUGGUCAUGGUCGGUCCCUGCGUCAGCAUCAGUAUGAGUAUGAGUAUGAGUAUGAGUAUGAGUAUGAGUAUGAGUAUGAGUAUGAGUAUGAGUAUGAGUAUGAGUAUGAGUAUGAGUAUGAGUAUGAGUAUGAGUAUGAGUAUGAGUAUGAGUAUGAGUAUGAGCAGCAGUAUGAGUAUGAGUAUGAGUAUGAGCAGCAGUAUGAGUAUGAGUAUGAGUAUGAGUAUGAGUAUGAGUAUGAGUAUGAGUAUGAGUAUGAGUAUGAGUAUGAGUAUGAGUAUGAGUAUGAGUAUGAGUAUGACGCUUACGUUAACAUGCGCGCGCUACGAAGUACUUUUCCCCACACCGUUGAUCCACCGUCCGUCAAACCUCUCACCGCGGUCGCGUCGCCACCUCCCAAGGUGACAUGCGGACUGGCAGUACCGCUACAGGGGCUGGACGCGCUGCUGCUAAAGCUCGGCCGCCCAGCAGCGGUGGCGGCGGCAGCGACGGAGCCGCUGCCGCUAGCUGCGGGUUUCUUAUUUCGUAUCACGCGCAAGAUACCCGCUACCGACCGAGCAGUGCUGCCGGCGCGGGUGAAGUGCCAAGGGCCCGGCUGUAGCAGUGCGCCUUCGUGCAUUGUUGCCGACCUGACGGCUGGGAAAAGCACUGAGCGCGAGCGCCGUGACGGCCCGUACAAGCUGCCGCUGUCAGGUAUCAGGGACUCGCUUGGGCUGCCGCCAGCACCUGCACCUGCACCGCCGCCGCCGUCGCCGUCACUGGUAUGA